UCAAACACCACAUUGUUUAAGGUAAACACAGCUGAUACUUUUUCUCAUUCCUCAGGGUGUUGACACAACAGCUAAGAUGUGUUCACCUGCACAGAUGGCAGCCAGGCAUCGCUCUUCGGAGCCUGUCUUUGGAGCUGUAGCUCCUGGGAUUAUACAAGAUGCAUUGCUUCACAUGGCGAGGGAGAAUGAGCAGUCCUUGAGUAAGCUCUGCAGUGAGGCAGGCAGCUUUAAGGAGACCAAGACAGUGGGUAAGAGUUGAACUUGGCCAGCCCUGAAGACCAGAGGUGUGCAACUGUGAAGGGAGGGGGACAGACAGCAAUCUUUGCUCCAUGGCCCUCAUUUGGGGUUUCAGUCCACUGCAACUGCCGGAAAUUAUCUCAAUAGUGAGGAGAGUGCAUUGAAGGAUUGUUGGGGCCCCCAAAAGUGGGGUUUGGAACCAUAGACCUGGUCUAAGUUAACAUAUUCAAAUAGUUUGUAGCUAUGAUUUUGAUAACUUCAUCUCUCUUGGCCAGAAUUCGUGUUUCUUUUAUCUGAAAAAUGGAACCUGACUGAAACGGCAAGAUACCAAGCAAUAGAAAUAUUUGAAAGGUUCAUGCUCACACUUAUUAAAGAGCUCUUCCAUUGCACCAAAGCAAAGGGAGAAGAUUGCAGUUGGACCUCAGUGAAACAGCAAAUUGAGGGCAUAUACGUGUUGCGCCUAAUUUCUUCCAUCCAACUUGCCAGCAAGCUCUCUUUCCACUACAGUAUUGUUAAUAACAAUAUGGUUUUGAAGUUUCUGAAGUCCGUGGGUUACUCUUAUACCACAGAAGAACUGCUGGAAUCUGAACUGGCUAUUUUGAAGGCUCUGCAUUUUCAGAUCAAUGUUCCAGCCCCUUUUGCUUAUGUUGAAAUGCUCCUGGAGGUUUUAGGAUACAAUGGUUAUUUACGUCCCACAAAAGAACUGCAGGAAAUGUGCAGAAAUUUGCUGAGCUUAGCAUACCUCUUGAGGAGCAGCAUUUAUGACACUUUGCUGAAGUCAGCAAUCGAAAAUGCAUCUCCAAGUGAGCUCCAGCUAGCAGAGUUUGUAUCUGUAAAGGAAGAUCUUAUGCUCCUGGCUGUGGGAGUCAUUGGUGCAAGCUCUUUCCUCCUGAACCCUGAAGGCUGGAAUCAGGUUGUGGAGUACCUCGGUGACACCACUGGCAUCAGUCUGCAGAGCAUUGUUGAGGCAGUCUAUGCAAUUCUGAAGCACAGCAUGGAUGACUGCUAGAAUCCCCUUCUUCCCGAGACUGUGAGGCAAUAUAUUACUGGCAUCGGGCUGUGUUUUAUUGUAUUCCUCAUGAAUAUGGGGCUCUUAAAUUUGUUAUUUUUUGUACAGAAGUAAACAAGGUCCCCAGUUACAGUUUAAAAUGCUCAUUGCUUUCUCACAGGCUUAAAUUUUCUUCUGUUAACCUUUUAUGAGUAGAUAUUUUAAAGAAAGCACUUCUAACCCUGCCCAUAGGUGGAGAUCAGUUUUAUUUUUUGUAAGCAGAGAAGAAUUAUGAGUGCUUGGGAGGAAAAAAAAACACUCCAUCUGCAUAUUGCUGAGGUAUGAUAAGUGUGUUUUCUGAAAGCUUUGUUGGAGGAAGAAGU